GGCGGGCGGGACUGGCAGCGGCGGGAGGCAGCCGGGGCCGCGCCGUGGCUCUGCCGCUGCCGCCGCCGAGCGCGGCCCGCUGAGAGCUCCGGCCCUGCGCCCUGUGAGGAACGGGAAGGAGAGGAGGAAGAAACUUCAGCCGGGCCGACAGCCCGCCCGGCACAGCGCGGCCCUCGGGCCCCAGCGUGUGGCGGUGGCGGCAGCCAAAGAGCGGAGCAGGAUGGACAAGUACGACGACCUGGGCCUGGAGGCCAGCAAGUUCAUCGAGGACCUCAACAUGUACGAGGCCUCCAAGGACGGGCUCUUUCGGGUGGACAGAGCGGCCGGCAACAACCCGGAGUUUGAGGAGACUCGGCGGGUCUUUGCCACCAAGAUGGCAAAGAUCCACCUCCAGCAGCAGCAGCAGCAGCAGCAGCAGGAGAUGCUGAUGGCCACGGCCUCCCUCAAUGGUGGGGCCGGUUUGGGUGCACCACGGCCCAGCCUGCCCGCGCCCCGUGGUGCCAAGCCGCCCCUGGGCUCGCCCGCCGGCCCCCUGCCCCAGGUGGCAGCUGAGGGCCCUGGCAGCGGGCGGUCGGCCACCUGCAGAGCCUUCCCCUUGCCUGGGGAGCCGCAGUCCCUCGGUUCCCAGGCUGGGCGGCGGAGCUGGGAAGCGGAGCCCCGCAGAGACCCUCAGGAGAACGGUGGUGAUGAGCGGCGGGGCAGCCAGGGCCAGGAGCUGAAGCCAGCCGGACAGAGGUCCUCCUCCUUCUCGCAGGUGCGUGGCCCCUCAGGUCCCUCGGAUGGGGCGCCAGCGGCCAUGCUGCAACACAAGUCCUCCUUCUCGGCCUCUGCGGCACAGCCCAGCCCAGGGUUUUUGGCCCUCACCGAGCCCUGCGGGCCACGAGCCAGUGUGGAUGGGCCAACCACAGAUGGCGGCCAGCUGUGGUACCAGGGCGGCUCACGGCCCUUCCCACCCAGCUCUGCUCCUGCGGGCCCCAGCAUGGACUACCAGCAAGCUGGCGUCCACCCCAGUCCCACCAGUCAUUUUGUGGCCCAUGGCCACAACCACCGGCCCAAUGGCGGCCCUGAGCUGGGUGCCUCAACUCUGGCAGCAGCACGUGGACCGUUGACUUCAGAUGCGCCAAAGCAGCCUUUCAAGGAGGGCACAAGCAGUCUCCAUCCUGACGGGGGGCACCAGGAAGGCUGUGGCACGGCCAAGGUGAAGUUGCCCUGCCAGACCCUCCUGCAGCCGGAGCAGGGGCCGUCCGCAGCCGAGCUGAAGCUGGAAGCACUCACCCAGCGCCUGGAGCAGGAGAUGGAUGCACGGCCCAAGGCCGACUACUUCGGAACCUGCGUGAAGUGCAGCAAAGGGGUGUAUGGAGCCAACCAGGCCUGCCAGGCCAUGGGCAACCUCUACCACGACGGCUGCUUCACCUGCGGAGCCUGCAGUCGGAAGCUGAGAGGAAAAGCCUUUUAUUUCGUCAACGGGAAGGUGUUCUGUGAGGAAGAUUUCCUGUACUCUGGCUUCCAGCAGUCAGCUGACAGGUGUUUCAUUUGUGGCCAUUUGAUCAUGGACAUGAUCCUGCAGGCUCUGGGGAAAUCAUAUCAUCCAGGCUGCUUCCGAUGUGUGGUCUGCAACGAGUGUCUGGAUGGUGUGCCAUUCACUGUGGACACUGAAAACAAAAUCUACUGUGUCAGAGAUUACCACAAAGUUUUAGCUCCAAAGUGUGCAGCAUGUGGGCUUCCCAUUCUGCCCUCUGAGGGGUCUGAUGAGACCAUUCGGGUUGUGUCUAUGGACAAGGAUUACCAUGUGGAAUGUUACCACUGUGAGGAUUGUGGGAUGGAACUGAAUGACGAAGAUGGGCAUCGCUGUUACCCUCUGGAUGACCAUUUGCUUUGUCACUCCUGUCAUCUGAAACACAUAGAGAAUGGCACAACCCCAGCAGCUGUGUACCAGCAUCGCUACUAGCCAGAGUGGCUGACAGCUGGGAGCCCUGACAGACCAUUUAUGUCAUCUCCCUCUCCCGGCCCUCAGAUGAUUUCCUGUGCAUGUUUUCUCCAAUUGGCAGUUUUCCUGUAAAAGGAUAUGAGAGAUUUUUGCUGGAUUCACAGAGUCUGUAUGCGUUUGAGUUCCAGCUGUACCAAACUCUGUCUACUUGACCAGGAAUGUGGCAUGUUAUCUAAACUGAUUGGUUUACUCUUACGUGCCUUUUUCUGCUACUUGGAGAUUCCUUUGGGCUCAUUUUGGAAGACUCUUAAGUGAAAGCACAACUUGCCAUCAUGCCAGCAAACUCAGAUCAGGCCAUGCACAAUUAAAAAGCCAGAGGCUGGCUUGCCUGCCUGCUGGGAAUGCUCCAUCAGUCUAAUAAAUGGUUCCUGACAAGCACGUUUCAUCACAGUCUCCGAAGGACACCAAAUUGUUAAUAUGAGGUUUUAGACACUCUCUCUUAGUAAUACUUUAGAAAAAGAAAAUAAAGGAGUCUGUGCAAAAUA